CUGAUUGGCUGGUCGUGUUCUAUGGAGUUGGCGCCAUUGCAAGCCUUCGUGCUGUCUUCGGAGCGCUGUCCCCCUCCAAAAAAUACUGUUCUUUGCCAGUAUUAGCGGUUUAACUACGACGCAAUGGCUGAUAAAGACGCCGCAUUUGAUGAUGCUGUGGAGGAAAGGGUGAUUAAUGAGGAGUACAAGAUCUGGAAGAAGAACACCCCUUUCCUCUAUGACCUGGUCAUGACUCACGCCCUGGAGUGGCCCAGCCUCACUGCCCAGUGGCUGCCAGAUGUCACCAGACCAGAGGGUAAAGACUACAGUGUGCACAGACUGGUUCUGGGGACACACACUUCUGAUGAGCAGAAUCACCUUGUGAUCGCCAGUGUUCAGCUCCCAAAUGAUGAUGCCCAGUUUGAUGCCUCGCACUAUGACAGCGAGAAAGGAGAGUUUGGAGGCUUUGGAUCUGUAAGUGGGAAGAUAGAGAUUGAAAUCAAGAUCAACCAUGAGGGAGAAGUGAACAGAGCUCGCUACAUGCCUCAGAAUCCUUGCAUUAUUGCCACCAAGACCCCCACAAGUGAUGUGCUGGUCUUUGAUUACACAAAGCAUCCCUCCAAACCUGAAGAUCCUUCGGGCGAGUGCACCCCAGAUCUGCGGCUGAGAGGCCACCAAAAAGAGGGCUACGGCCUCUCCUGGAACCCAAACCUCAGUGGCUGCCUCCUCAGUGCUUCUGAUGACCAUACUAUCUGCCUGUGGGACAUCAGCACAGUGCCCAAGGAAGGGAAGAUUGUUGACGCCAAGACCAUCUUCACAGGCCACACUGCUGUGGUGGAGGACGUCUCGUGGCAUUUGCUCCAUGAGUCACUCUUUGGAUCUGUGGCCGAUGACCAGAAACUCAUGAUCUGGGAUACGCGAUCCAACAACACCUCCAAGCCCAGCCAUGCAGUGGACGCUCACACAGCUGAGGUCAACUGCCUGUCCUUCAAUCCCUACAGCGAGUUCAUCCUGGCCACUGGUUCUGCAGAUAAGACUGUGGCUCUGUGGGACCUGAGGAACCUGAAGCUGAAGCUGCACUCGUUUGAGUCUCACAAAGACGAGAUCUUCCAGGUUCAGUGGUCUCCUCAUAACGAAACCAUCCUGGCCUCCAGCGGCACAGACAGAAGGCUCAACGUCUGGGACCUCAGUAAGAUCGGAGAGGAGCAGUCUCCAGAGGAUGCUGAGGAUGGGCCUCCUGAGCUGCUGUUCAUCCAUGGAGGACACACAGCUAAAAUCUCAGAUUUCUCUUGGAACCCCAACGAGCCAUGGGUCAUCUGCUCUGUAUCAGAGGACAACAUCAUGCAAGUCUGGCAGAUGGCUGAAAAUAUCUACAAUGACGAGGACCCAGAAGGUGCUGCAGAUUCAGAGGUCCAGGCAUGAGUCCAGUCUCCACGUCUCUUCAUUUGACAUGCUUGUUAAAAAUGGAUCACUUUUCCAGUGUUGGGUGCAUAAGCAGUAAUGCCUUUUUAAGAAAAAAAAAAACAAACAAACAUUUUGGGCAGCAGA